CACAAUCAGACAGGAUGUGGUUUUUGCAGUGAGAUGUCCCUUAUUUCAUUCUCAGUGGAAAAUUAUAUAAUUUUAAGAAACCUUUGGCAUUUGAAUAUGUUUUGAUAAUAUUUCUAAACAGGCCUAGCCUAGCUGAGUUAGUGGUUACAACAGCAAAAAAUUGCUGUAAACAGCUCUUCUUUCAAGGAAAAACGUUACAGGUCGCAAAUCACAUCCUGUCUCAUCGCACCCUGGGAGGAGCAUGGGCUAUGCUUUCAGUUUCACUUUGACUUAUUACGUGGGGGUUGUAAGACAACGUGGUAGAAACGAGGAAAAAGAGAAGAUGUUUCCAUUCAUAAAAGCUGUUCAAGAUGUGCUCAGAGAUGGUUUAAUGAGCGCCACUCUUGUUCAGCGGGCGCCACCACUUCCUGUUUUCACAUCUGGAGUUGAAAUGGACUUGAAUCCUGUUUUAACAUCUACUGCAGACAGAGAAUUUGACCUUGAAUGGAGGAAAACAAAGUGGGACAUUGGCAGUAGAAACAGGAUGGAAAAGGAACUGAGAGAAUUCCGUCUGCUGAAUUCCGAACUCAAGCACCUGCGUAUCCUGCUGCACGGGCCGGUGGGAGCUGGGAAGUCCAGCUUCAUCAACUCCAUCAACAGUGUUUUUCAGGGCCAGAUAUGUGCAGGGGCUCUGGUUGCUGCAGAGUCUGGCAUCACUUUCACCAGAAAGUACAAAACACAUAAAUUCAGAAAUGGGAAUUCUGGACAUCUGCCCUUCGUGGUAAAUGACAUAAUGGGUCUUGAGAAAGGGAAUUCUAUCGGAGUACAACCCAGUGACAUCAUCAAUGCAUUAAAAGGCCACGUUAAAAACAAUUACAAGUUCAGUCCUGUUUCUCCACUGUCUGUGGGAGACGCUGACUAUGUCACCAGCCCCUCGCUGAAUGACCGGGUGCAUUGUUUGGUAAGCGUGAUUCCAUUGGACAAGAUCUCCAUCAUGGAUGAUGAGGUCAUCAACAAGAUGCGAGCUAUCAGAGAGGCUGCCAGUGAUAUGGAUAUUCCACAAGCCAUUAUCAUGACAAUGGUGGAUAAAGCCUGCCCAGUGGUGAAGACAGAUCUUAGGAAGAUCUUCUUCAGCAAGAGGAUCAAACAAAAUAUGCAGGAGUGCAGUAACCGACUUGGUGUUCCCAUGAACUGCAUUUUCCCAGUGAAAAACUACCACGACGAAACAGAGUUGGACCAGGAAAUGGACUGCCUUAUCUUAACCGCUUUGGGACGUAUUGUUCAUUUCUCCCAUGAAUAUAUUGAUUCUCUAGAUGAUUGAUGAGCCAGUUGAAAGUCAAUAUUGGUGACUCAAAUGUCCUCAAAUAUAGUUAUCUCAUGUAGUAAAAUGAUGUGUAGUGUUCGUCUCGUGUUACAGUAAAAAAAAAACAAUGAACAAUAUAUCACCCAAGUAUCAAAAAUUGGAAAGAUACCAAGGCACUCAUCUGGUAGAAAGUUAAAAUGCCUUUAUUCUACUUGGCAAUGCAUGAUAAAAAACGCACUCCGACGCGUUUCGGCUGGGAGCCUUCGUCAGGGAGUGAAUAUAUCACCCAAAUUGCAGUACUGUAUGUAUUUCUGUUAAUAUUUCACAUCAGUGUAUUGAUCCAUUAUCAUGGAAUCAAUUUGUCACUUUAAUUUGACCUAAAAUAAAAGAAUAAUAAUAAAAAAA